AUGUCGUCCAUGUGGCUUUCAGACACGCAGAAAAUCGGCGUUGUUUUCUGCUCGGGAGGUGGUCUGUUUCUGGUUGGAGGAGUCAUGUUCUUCUUUGACCGUGCCAUGCUUGCCAUGGGAAAUAUUCUCUUCCUCAUCGGCCUCACCAUCAUCAUUGGCCCCCAAAAGACACUCGCCUUCUUCGCGCGCAAGCAAAAGGCCAAGGGCACGGCCGCCUUCUUCGCCGGUCUCGCGCUCAUCCUCCUGCGCUGGACGAUUGUCGGCUUCAUCAUCGAAGGCUAUGGUAUAGUGGUCUUGUUUGGUAACUUCCUUGGAACGAUUGCGGGCUUUGCGCGCGGCAUCCCCGUCGUCGGCCCGUACAUUGGCCUCGCCAUUGAUCGCUUAGGUGUCGCCCGCACCAACGCGGAGCUCCCCGUAUAG